AUGAUGCCCCAGAAGAGAAAGAGGAGGAAGGAGGACAUCGACUUUCUAGCCCUGUAUGAGCAGGAGCUGCUGAGCUACGCCUCGGAAGACGACGAAGAGGAGCUGCAGCACGAGUACUACAAGGCCAAAGUGUACGAGGUGGUCACAGCCACGGGGGAUGUUCGUGGCGCAGGGACCAAUGCCAAUGUCUUCAUCACCAUUUUUGGAGAGAAUGGGCUCUCUCCCAAGCUCCAUCUUACCAGCAAGAGCGAAUCUGCCUUUGAGAAAGCCAACAUCGAUGUGUUCCGGGUGAGAACCAAUAAUGUGGGCCUCAUCUACAAAAUCAGGAUCGAGCAUGACAACACAGGCUUGAACGCCAGCUGGUACCUGGACCGUGUGAUUGUGACCGACAUGAAGCGGCCUCACCUCCGUUACUAUUUCAACUGCAACAACUGGCUGAGCAAGGUGGAGGGUGACCGCCAGUUGUGUCGCGACCUGUUGGCCAGCUUCAACCCCAUGGACGUGCCUAGAGGUAACAAGUAUGAAGUCAAGGUGUACACUGGUGAUGUCAUAGGUGCAGGGACUGAUGCUGACAUCUUCAUCAAUAUCUUUGGAGAGUAUGGAGACACAGGUGAGCGUAGGCUGGAGAAUGAAAAGGACAACUUUGAAAAGGGAGCAGAAGACAAGUUCACAGUGGAUGCCCCGGAUCUAGGGCAGCUCAUGAAGAUCAAUGUUGGCCACAAUAACAAGGGGGUGUCUGCAGGCUGGUUCCUGUCAAAGAUUGUCAUUGAAGAUAUUGGGAAUAAAAGAAAAUAUGAUUUCCCUCUUAACCGCUGGCUGGCCUUGGAUGAAGACGAUGGCAAAAUUCAGAGGGAUAUCUUAGUGGGCGGAGCUGAGACCACAGCCAUCUCAUAUAUUGUCACCGUCUUCACUGGGGAUGUCCGGGGUGCUGGGACCAAAUCCAAAAUCUACCUGGUCAUGUUCGGGGCCAGAGGGAAUAAGAACAGUGGGAAAAUCUUCCUGGAGGGCGGUGUGUUUGACCGUGGCCGCAGAGACAUCUUCAACAUCGAGCUGGCUGUCCUCCUCAGCCCAUUGAGCCGGGUCUCCAUCGGACAUGGCAAUGUGGGAGCCAACAGAGGCUGGUACUGUGAGAAGGUGGUGAUUUUGUGCCCCUUCACUGGCAUCCAGCAGACCUUCCCUUGCAGCAGCUGGCUGGAUGAGAAGAAGACAGAUGGGCUGAUCGAGAGGCAGCUCUACGAGAUGGUGUCUCUCAGGAAGAAGAGGCUGAAAAAAUUCCCAUGGUCCCUGUGGGUCUGGACGACCGACUUGAAGAAAGCUGGUACCAACUCUCCUAUCUUCAUCCAGAUUUAUGGGAAGAAGGGGCGGACAGAUGAGAUUCUCCUGAAUCCCAACAACAAGUGGUUCAAACCCGGAAUAAUUGAGAAAUUUAGGAUUGAGCUCCCAGACCUCGGCAGGUUUUAUAAGAUUCGGGCAUGGCAUGAUAAAAGGAGUCCUGGUUCUGGAUGGCAUUUAGAAAGGAUGACCCUGAUGAACACCCUGACCAAGGACAAGUAUAACUUCAACUGCAAUCGCUGGCUGGAUGCCAAUGAGGAUGACAAUGAGAUCGUUAGGGAAAUGACUGCCGAGGGUCCAACAGUACGGAGGAUAAUGGGCAUGGCCCGGUACCGCGUGACAGUGUGCACUGGGGAACUUGAAGGUGCGGGAACGGAUGCCAACGUCUACCUCUGCCUUUUUGGUGAUGUGGGGGACACGGGGGAGCGGCUGCUCUACAACUGCAGGAAUAACACCGACCUGUUUGUGAAGGGCAACGCCGAUGAGUUCACCAUUGAGUCCGUCACCAUGCGGAAGGUAAGGCGGGUGAGGGUCAGACACGACGGCAAAGGCAGCGGCAGUGGCUGGUUCCUGGAGCGGGUGCUGGUGAGAGAGGAGGGGCAGCCCGAGAGCGACAACGUGGAGUUCCCUUGUCUCAGGUGGUUGGACAAGGAUAAGGAUGAUGGGCAGUUGGUCCGAGAGUUGCUGCCCAGCGACAGCAAUGCGACACUAAAGAACUUCCGCUAUCACAUCAGCCUGAAGACUGGGGACGUCCCUGGGGCCAGCACAGAUUCCACAGUCUACAUCAAGCUCUAUGGGGACAAAUCUGACACCAUCAAGCAAGGUCUUCUUGUCUCUGACAACAACCUGAAAGACUACUUUGAACGUGGCCAGGUGGAUGAGUUCACCCUGGAGACCCUGAACAUUGGACCCAUCAACCGGCUGGUGAUCGGGCACGACAACACAGGCAUGAACGCCAGCUGGUUCCUGGGCAGCAUCCAGAUCCAUGUGCCCCGCCAAGGCAAGCAGUACAUCUUCCCUGCCAACCGCUGGCUAGACAAGAACAAGGCCGACGGGCGCCUGGAGGUGGAGCUGUACCCCAGCGAUGUCGUGGACAUCCAGAAACUGAUCCACUACGAGGUUGAGAUUUGGACAGGGGAUGUGGGCGGCGCAAGCACCACUGCCCGAGUCUACAUGCAGAUCUACGGCGAGGAAGGCAAGACAGAGGUGCUCUUCCUCUCCAGCCGCUCAAAAGUGUUUGAGCGGGCAUCCAAGGACACAUUCCAGCUGGAGGCGGCGGACGUGGGCCAGGUCUUCAAGAUCCGGCUCGGCCACACGGGCGAGGGCUUGAGCCCCAGCUGGUUCGUGGACGCCGUGUGGCUGCGGCGCGCUGCAGUGCGGGAGGAGGACCUUACGCCCGAGGACGAGGCGCGCAGGAAGAAGGAGAAGGACAAGUUGCGGCAGCUGCUCGAAAAGGAGCGUCUGAAGGCCAAGCUGCAGAGGAGGAGGAGGAGGAAGGGCAGCGACGAGGGGGACGAGGGGGACGAGGGGGAGGAGUCCUCGGAGGAGGAGGAGGGCGCGGAGACCGAGGAGGAGGAGGAGGAGCAGUUCGGACCCGGCAUGCAGGAGGUGAUCGAGGAGUACAAGUUCGACGCCCGCCGCUGGCUGGCCCGGGGCAAGGAGGACAAUGAACUUGUCGUGGAGCUGGUGCCCGCAGGCCGAGAGGGUCCUGAGCCCAACACCUACGAGGUCCAGGUGAUCACGGGGAGUGUGCCCAAGGCCGGCACCGAUGCCAAUGUCUUCCUGACCAUCUAUGGGGAGGAAUAUGGGGACACGGGAGAGCGGCCCCUAAAGAAGUCGGACAAGUCCAACAAGUUUGAGCAGGGGCAGACAGACACCUUCACCAUCUACGCCAUUGACCUUGGCCCCCUGACCAAGAUUCGGAUUCGCCAUGACAACUCGGGCAACAGACCAGGCUGGUUCCUGGACAGAAUAGACAUCAUUGACAUGAAAAACGAGAUCACGUACUACUUUCCAUGCCAGCGCUGGCUGGCAGUGGAGGAGGAUGAUGGCCAGCUGUCCAGGGAGCUGUUGCCAGUGGAUGAGUCCUAUGUGCUGCCACCAAGCGAGGAUGAGGAGGGUGGGGGAGAUGACAACAACCCCCUCGACAACCUGGCCCUGGAGCAGAAAGAUAAAUCUACCACAUUCUCAGUGACCAUAAAGACCGGGGACAAGAAGAACGCGGGCACCGAUGCCAAUGUCUUCAUCACACUCUUUGGCACUCAAGAUGACACUGGAAUGACCCUCCUGAAAUCCUCCAAGACAAACAGUGACAAGUUUGAGAGGGACAGCAUCGAAAUCUUCACAGUGGAGACCCUGGACCUGGGAGAUCUGUGGAAAGUCAGGAUCGGCCAUGACAACACAGGCAAGGCUCCAGGCUGGUUUGUAGACUGGGUAGAGGUGGACGCCCCAUCCCUUGGAAGGUGCAUGACAUUCCCCUGUGGCCGCUGGUUGGCCAAGAAUGAAGACGAUGGUGCCAUCGUCAGGGACCUCUUCCACGCGGAACUUCAGACAAGGCUGUAUACACCAUUUGUCCCUUACGAGAUCACCCUCUACACCAGUGAUGUCUUUGCCGCUGGGACAGACGCCAACAUCUUCAUCAUCAUCUAUGGCUGCGAUGCCGUGUGCACCCAGCAAAAGUACCUAUGUACCAACAAGAGGGAGCAGAAGCUGUUCUUUGAGAGGAAGUCCGCCUCCCGCUUCAUAAUGGAGUUAGAAGACGUGGGAGAAAUCAUUGAAAAAAUUCGGAUUGGCCAUGAUAAUACGGGCAUAAAUCCUGGUUGGCACUGCUCCCACGUGGACAUCCGCAGGCUCCUCCCAGAUAAAGAUGGCACAGAGACCUUGACCUUCCCUUGUGAUCGAUGGCUUGCCACCUCAGAGGACGACAAGAAGACCAUUCGAGAACUGGUCCCUUAUGAUAUCUUCACUGAGAAAUACAUGAAAGAUGGGUCUUUAAGGCAAGUCUACAAGGAAGUGGAAGAGCCUCUGGACAUUGUGCUGUACUCGGUGCAGAUCUUCACAGGAAACGUUCCCGGGGCAGGGACGGACGCCAAGGUCUACAUCACCAUCUAUGGAGACCUCGGGGACACGGGAGAGCGGUACCUCGGCAAGUCAGAGAACCGCACCAACAAAUUCGAGAGAGGAACGGCCGACACCUUCAUCAUCGAGGCUGCUGACCUGGGUGUCAUCUACAAGAUCAAGCUCCGCCACGACAACACCAAAUUGUGUGCAGACUGGUACGUGGAGAAGGUGGAGAUCUGGAACGACACCAACGAGGACGAGUUCCUGUUCCUGUGUGGGCGCUGGCUGUCCCUGAAGAAGGAGGACGGGCGGCUCGAGAGGCUCUUUUAUGAGAAGGAGUACACUGGGGACCGGAGCAGCAACUGCAGCAGCCCCGCUGACUUCUGGGAGAUCACCCUGAGCUCCAAGAUGGCCGAUGUCGACAUCGCCACAGUGACAGGGCCCAUGGCUGACUACGUUCAGGAAGGCCCAGUUAUUCCCUACUAUGUGUCAGUCACCACGGGGAAGCAGAAGGACGCAGCCACCGACAGCCGGGCCUUCAUCUUCCUCAUCGGAGAGGAUGACGAGCGCAGUAACCGCAUCUGGCUGGACUAUCCCCGAGGGAAGAAGGGCUUCAGCUGCGGCUCAGUGGAGGAGUUCUAUGUUGCAGGCUUGGAUGUGGGCGUGAUCAAGAAAAUAGAGGUGCUCUAUGAAAUGACGGUGUGGACGGGUGACGUGGUUGGUGGUGGCACCGACUCCAACAUCUUUAUGACCCUCUACGGCACCAACGGCAGCACAGAAGAAGUGCAGCUGGACAAAAAGAAGGCCAGAUUUGAGCGAGAGCAGAAUGACACCUUCAUCAUGGAGAUUCUGGACAUCGGCCCGUUCACCAAGAUGCGGAUCCGAAUUGAUGGCCUGGGCAGCCGGCCCGAGUGGUUCCUGGAGAGGAUCCUCCUGAAGAACAUGAACACUGGAGACCUGACCAUGUUCUACUACGGAGACUGGCUGUCCCAGCGGAAGGGCAAAAAGACCCUGGUGUGUGAGAUGUGUGCCGUCAUCGACGGGGAGGAGAUGAUGGAGUGGACUUCCUAUACCGUCUCAGUGAAGACCAGUGACAUCCUGGGAGCGGGCACCGAUGCCAAUGUGUUCAUCAUCAUCUUUGGGGAGAAUGGGGACAGCGGGACCCUGGCCCUGAAGCAGUCUGCCAACUGGAACAAGUUCGAGCGGAACAGCACCGACACAUUCAACUUUUCCAACAUGCUGAGCCUGGGCCACCUCUGCAAGCUGAGGGUCUGGCACGACAACAAAGGGAUAUUUCCUGGCUGGCACCUGAGCUAUGUCGAUGUGAAGGACAAUUCCCGCGAUGAGACCUUCCGUUUCCAAUGUGACUGCUGGCUCUCCAAGAAUGAGGGCGACAGGCAGACAGUCCGUGACUUUGCCUGUGCCAACAAUGAGAUCCACGAUGAGCUGGAGGAGACCACCUAUGAGAUCAUCAUAGAAACCGGCAACGGAGGCGAAACCAGGGAGAACGUCUGGCUCAUCCUGGAGGGCAGGAAGAACCGAUCCAAAGAGUUUCUCGUGGAAAAUUCUUCUAGACAGCGGGCCUUUAGGAAGGGGACCACGGACAUAUUUGAGUUUGACAGCGUCUAUCUGGGAGACAUUGCCUCCCUCUGCGUGGGCCACCUCGCCAGGGAGGACCGGUUCAUCCCCAAGAGAGAGCUGGUCUGGCACGUCAAGACCAUCACCAUCACCGAGAUGGAGUACGGCAACGUGUAUUUCUUCAACUGCGACUGUCUCAUCCCCCUCAAGAGGAAGAGAAAGUACUUUAAGGUUUUUGAGGUCACCAAGACGACGGAGAGCUUCGCCAGCAAGGUCCAGAGCCUCGUGCUGGUCAAGUACGAGGUCAUCGUGACGACGGGCUAUGAGCCGGGGGCGGGCACCGACGCCAACGUCUUCGUGACCAUCUUUGGGGCCAACGGCGACACGGGCAAGCGGGAGCUGAAGCAGAAGAUGCGCAACCUGUUCGAGAGGGGAAGCACCGACCGCUUCUUCCUGGAGACGCUGGAGCUGGGCGAGCUGCGCAAGGUGCGGCUGGAGCACGACAGCAGCGGCUACAGCUCCGGCUGGCUGGUGGAGAAGGUGGAGGUCACCAACACCAGCACCGGCGUGGCCACCAUCUUCACCUGCGGCAGGUGGCUGGACGCGAAGCGGGGCGAUGGGCUCACCUGGAGAGACCUCUUCCCUUCCGUCUGAGGGCUAGAGGCCCUCGCUCCCCCUUCCCACCAACUUGUCCCAACCACACCCGCUACCCCCCACCUUUGCUUUCAGCAGUCCUUUCCCGAAAGCCUCCUGGAGCUGGGACUGGGGGCCAGAGCUCCAUGGUCCUUCA